AUGAAUCUCGGAGACGUGGUGCGCCUCAAAGGUUGUAUUCUGAAAGGACGUAGUCUGGAAACGUCAUGUGGUUGUUCAGCUUUGGAUGCACUGCUUGGUGGAGGUUUAGCCUUAUCAACCUUUUGUAUCAUCGAUGAGCUGAAGUCGAGGGCCUAUGCGGAUUCGCUGGCUCGUUACUUUAUUGCCGAAGGACUUUACAGUGGCCAUGAUGUGCUUGUCGUGGACCCAAUGGGUGAAGAUAAGCUUUGGAAGGGAAUUCCCACAUUGAUUGAAGUUCAAACUAAGCCGGAUUCAUCCGCAGUAUCUUCCUCUUCCCGUCGGGAAAUGUCAAAUCCUCAAGAAGAUCUUCGAAUAGCGUUCAGAUAUGCAGCGAAAACUCAGGUGAACUCGUCCAUUGGCGAUAAGAAUCGCUACGACCUUGGAAAGCCGCUUCCCGAAAGUGAAUUUGCAUCACAAAGAUUGACAUACGAUGGAGAAUACAGCUACGAAUCGCUAUUCAAACAUUUAUCUACACUUUGCAAAAGUGAUGUUUACAGUAAGACUCGCGGUCCCACGAAGAAUCUGCUCAGGAUCGUCAUUGGCCACUUGGGUUCACCGCUUUGGAAUGAUCCCGCGAACUUCUCGGUUUUUAUAAUUCGGCUUCGAUCUUUGAUACGAAACUCUCAUGCCAUCGUAUUUGCCACCGAAGCCAGUGAAACAAUGCAAAAACAACUUGCUGACGAGCUUUUUGUCACUUCUGAUCUCUACAUCCAGCUGCUGGCCAUAUCUGAAGAAGAACAACGCAAAUUGUCCCCGCUGGAUAAGUACCACGGUUAUCUGAGGAUUUUACGAUUGCCCAGGAUCACCUCUGCCGGAACGCACAGCCCACCUGCAGACUUGGUAUUUACCCAGAAGAGGAGUAGCUUUGAUGUGUCUAUUUUACACUUGCCGCCUGCAUUCGGUGAUGAGACGCAGAAUUCGAAAGGUCCAUGUGGGAUUGACUUUUGA